AUGUUAUUUCUUUCAACCUCUCUUCUUUCUUUCAUUUUUUCUUUCUUUGAUUUUAUUGCUUCCUUUUUUUUAUUUAUUUUUAUUUUCUUUUUUUUAUUUCGAAUUUUUAUUUUCGAAAAUUCUCUUUUAUUUUUAAUUCUUUUCUCUUUUCAUUUGAAAUUAAAUUAUUGCUUCCUUUCUGUUCUCUUUCCUUUUAUUCAUGUUCAUUUUUUUUCUUUCUCUUCAGUUCCACGCUUUUUAUUUUGCGUUUCCUUUAAUUGCUGCUUUAUUCUUUCAUUCAUCAUUUAUUUCUUUAUAUCUUUCUUUCAUUUCUGUUCUUCCUUUCUUUUCUAUUUAGCGCUUUGUGCCUUUCUUUCUUUCCAUCUUUCUUUCUUUCAUUCUUCUUUUUAUUUUAAAUUCAUUUCGUUCUUUCUUUCUUUCUUUCUUUCUUUCUUUCUUUCUUUCUUUCUCCCUUCAUUGUUUCCUCACGUUCACUCUGUUUUUGGUGUUUCCUUUCUCGUUUCUUUCUUUCUUUCAUUGUUGGAUUUAUUUUUAAUCUAUUUUUUUACCCCAGUCAUUCUUUCUUUCUUUCUUUCUUUCUUUCUUUCUUUCUUUCUUUCUUUCUUUCUAACAUUAUAG